AGAGACACAUGGCAUCGCGAACGCGCCCCAGUCGUCGAGCAGCCCGCGCGCUCCCACAGGUGUAGUUGGUGGCGCUCAGCGUGACGCGAGGACGUGGAGCAGGAGACGAGGACACGAGAGGUUCACAGCUUCACAGCUUCACUUCUGCUGCCGAGGGAAACCCUGUGUUUGUGUCCCCGCGGUGUGGAGGCGCUGGUUGUUCGCUGCUGAGGUGGAGACUGUGUGUGUGUGUGUGAGCGUGUGGAGGACGAACACAGACACUCGGCAGGUGGAGGAGACUCCUUCAGUCACAGCGCCCUCACCUCGGUUUUGACAAGUGACCGUUGCCUACCUGAUCACUCGAUGGCGCUGACGGUGAACCUGAUCGGUCCUUCACCAUGGGGCUUCAGAAUAUGUGGAGGAAGGGACUUCAAGAGGGCCAUAACCGUAUCAAAGGUCAACGGGGGCAGCAAGGCAGAAUACGCAGAAUUGCAGCUUGGUGACGCUAUCUUGGAGAUCAAUGGGGAGAACACGUCCGACAUGCUGAACGUGGAGGCCCAGAACAAGAUCAAGAACUCCAAGACCCAGCUGCAGCUCGUGGUGGAGAGACCUGAACCUUCCAGCCCUGGACAGACUAAUGGCAUCAGCACGUCUGAACAGCUCACAGGACGCUUCCAGGAGGCAGUAAUAGUGAGUCGAGAUGAGAACCAGAACUACAGAGAAUACACCAUCUCCAGCCCUGCAUCACUGUCUCCUGGGCCCUAUUCACCACAACCUCCUGCCAGCCCCGACCGGAAGAGGGAGAGGCUGACGCCAACCAACAAGAGUGUCCAGCUGCGCUCAUGGUCGCCAGAGGACAAGAGUCACAGGCUGUCCAGACCUCUGUCACAGGAGUUCUCCCCCACAGACUACAGAAAGAACUCCAUGUCCAGCAGAACCCCGACACCACCAGGACGCUACUCUCCCCACAGUCCCAUUGAUCGGGAUGUACCCAUGUCUCCCCGACGCAGCAGUUCGAGCUCUGACUUUACCAUGCAGAGGUUCGACAGGGACUCCGAGGUGUACAAGAUGAUCCAGGAGAAUAGGGAGGCGCUCAUGGAACCUCGUCAGUCCAACACCUUUAAAAUGCUGCAGGAGGUCCUGGAGGCCGAUGAGAAAGAGGCGGCCCUGCGGUUCCCAGGGAAACUUUCGCCCAGCGUCCCCAAACCGAGCACAUCAGUGGGAGGAGUCAGCAAAUAUCAUACCUGUGAGAAGUGUGGCACCAGCAUUGUCUCACAGGCCGUGCGUAUCCUGGACGACCGCUACCGCCACACAGAGUGCUACGCCUGCACAGACUGCGGCCUUAACCUCAAGAUGAGAGGUCAUUUUUGGGUUGGAGAUGUGAUGUACUGUGAGAAGCACGCCAAACAGAGGUACCAAGGCCCAGGUACCUCCCCCCAAGCCACCUUGUCCCCUCGCCAAUGAAAGCGCCACGCCACAUCCGUCCCUCUUGGGACGCAGAGUGCUGCUUGUCUGCCUGAAGAACCACCUCAUCUGACUCAGUUAUAGACCUUGGGAUGGAGCACGGAGGUGGACACUGGUCAGUGAUAUGGCAGAGGAUGAUCUUUUCUGAUCCCAUUUAACUAUAUUUUGCAAUAUUAUGAUUCACAUUCUUGCCUUUGGUAUAAUUGUAUCUGAAUUUGCGGCUUUGUUUUUCACAAGAUGCAGCCUCCACAGUCGUUAUAUUUAAUCUUAGCUCUAAUGAUGCACAGCUUCCAUGGACUCAGGCCACAUCACGUUCUACGGCCAGUUUUACAUUACACCUACAAUUUAGACAAACUUGGCAGGACUGUCUCUCCGACUCUGAUGAUCUGGAUAAUCAAUUGAAUCUUCUGCUGAACACAAAGGGACCAAAAAUCUCACCUACACUGCAUUAGUGUACUGUGAGGGUGUGGAUGGUUGCAUGCUUUCACAUGCAGGAGUGUGGUGGCUUCUGCAUGCCUUAGCUGCAUCUGUGUGUGUGUGGGUGUGUGUGUGGGUGGGUGGGUGCGUGCAUGAGCGAGGGGAAGGAGGGGGGUGUACACGUAAUUACAGACACAAAGGAGUUGAGUUAAAGUUUGAUUUCUCCUGUAUUUCUUUUGUAAACUGAAUAUGGGUUAAAAAAAAGGAGAAAAAACAUAUUUGCUGAUGUUUUGAUGCUUAUGAGGGAGAUUCAUUCAAUGCAAAAUAUUUUUGAUGUUUUUGUGAUUGAACUGUAUUCUAUAAUAUAAACCAUUUAAAAUGCAUUAUGUAUGCACAGGACAUUUAGUGUGAAAAGAUUUGAUGACGAUAAUGCAUUUACAGCAGUACUCAGAAAUACACUUUAAUGUUCGCAUUUCAUGUGGCACUUAAUAAAAUCGCACAACCUGAA